AUGUCACAAUCCCCCAAGACACGCCCGAUUACCAUCUUGGGCGCUGGCGUCCUGGGCAGCCGCAUCGCCUCCGCCCUCCUCGCCGGCGGCCACCGCGUGCACAUCCGCGACCUCUCCCCUGAUGCCCUCACCACUGCAGCCACCUACAUUGACGCCCACCGCGCGGAGUUUGAAGCCCUCCUCCCAGCCCCAAUCUCAACAGGUCCCGGCGACUACCAGGUGUUCACCUCCCUCACCGACGCCGUCCGCGACGCCUGGCUCGUCAUCGAAGCGAUCCCCGAACGCCUCGACCUCAAGAUCGCCACCUUCGCCGAGCUCGACGCCCACACCCGCGACGACUGCAUCCUCGCCUCGAACAGCAGCAGCUUCAAGUCCCGACUCAUGAUCCAGAAAGUCCGGCCCGCGCGCCGUGCCCGCGUGCUGAACAUGCACUUCACGAUGCCGCCGACGAUCCGCUCAGUGGAGCUCAUGAGCUGCGGGGAGACUGACCCGGAACACUUCGAGCGGUUGAGCGAGGUGCUGCGCAGGUGCGGGCUGAUCCCGGUGACGGCGCGGCGGGAGUCGACUGGAUUCAUCUUCAACCGCCUCUGGGCAGCCAUCAAGCGAGAGAUCCUGCUCAUCCUAGCCGAAGACGUCAGCUCCGCGGGGGAGAUCGACACCCUGUGGACGGAGAUGUUUCAGCAACCGCACAGCCAGCCCCCGUGUCGGCUGAUGGACCAGAUCGGCCUGGACACGGUCGCCUUCAUCGAGGACAACUACAUCGGCGAGCGGGGGCUCGACGCGUCGAUGACCGUCGACUGGCUGCGGGAGCACUACCUGUGGAAAGGGAGGUUAGGGCUCAAGAGCGCAGGCGGCGGGCUAUAUGGGCCUAAUACACCUCACGCUGCCUUCCGGCCAGACCCCGAGCAAACGCAACCCCUCUACCUCCUAGACGUAGGCCUAGGCGCCAACGUCCCCGCAACCACCCCCCUCGCGCAAGCCGGACGCAUCCUAUCCUUCAACCCCACCACCAAGAAAAUGCACCCCCUGAUAACAGGUCAAUCCCUCCCCGACGGCAUCGCCUACUCCCCGUCCGCCGGCCGCAUCUUCUGGACAAACAUGGGCGCAGCAACCUCCACGCGCGACGGAUCCGUGCACUCCGCCCACGCCGACGGACGCGACAUACGCACCCUCAUCCCCGCGGGAAACGUCCACACGCCCAAACAACUCACCCUGGACGAAACCGCCGAAAAGCUCUACUUCUGCGAUCGCGAGGGCAUGGGCGUGCACCGGUGCAACUUUGAUGGAUCGGGGCAUGAAAUCCUGGUCCAGGCCGGCUCGGAAGCACAGAAGGGGGACAUGACGCGGUGGUGCGUCGGGGUGGCGCUCGAUGUGGCGGCGGGGUAUGUGUACUGGACGCAGAAGGGGCCUAGCAAGGGGAAUCAGGGCCGGAUAUUCCGGGCUGGGAUGGAGAUACCCGCGGGCCAGACGGCCGAAACGCGUGAGGACGUCGAGGUGCUGUUGGAGGGGUUGCCGGAGCCGAUUGAUUUGGAGAUUGAUGCAGGCGCAAAACGGUUGUAUUGGACGGAUCGUGGGGAGCAUCCAGUCGGGUGUUCAUUGAAUGUGUUGGAUCUUGGCGAUAGGGGGGCCGGGAAGAAGGUGCUGGCAAGGCAUUUUCAUGAGCCGAUUGGUUUGUGUUUGGGGGAGGAGGAGGAGGUCAUUGUGGCGGAUUUGGGGGGUAGUGUGUAUUCGGUGAAGGGAGGCAAGAAGACAGUCCUGUGGCGGGAUGAGGGGUGUUAUACUGGGGUUGCGAGGGGUUGA